AAACAAAGGGGGAAACAGGAGGGAAACAAAGGUGGGGUGGAGGAAAACAGAGGGGAGUGGUUACUGGAAGUUGGAGAAAUCGAUGUUGAUGCUGUCAGGUUGGAGACUACCAAGACACAAUGUAAGGUGCUACUCCUUCAACUUGUGUCUGGUCUCAAUGUUGCAUAGAAGAGGUUGUGAACAGACAUGUCAGAGUGGGAAUGGAAAGUGGAAUUAAAAUGGCCCACCACUGGGAGAUCCCGCCUGUUCUGGCGGAUGGAACAUCAACUUAAUUUCCCUCCAUAGAUGCUGCCUGACCUGCUGAGUUCCUCCAGCAUUUUGUGUGUUUUGCUCCAGAUUUCCAACAUCUGCAGUCCCUGAUGUGUCUCUGUUGGAUGACUGGCGACUUGUUCAAAGAGGGGACUCGAGACUGCAGAUGCUGGAAUCUGGAGCACGGUAGCAUAGCGGUUAGUGCGACGUUAUUACGGCGCCAGCGAUUGAGGUUCGAUUCCCGUCGCUGUCUGUAAGGAGUUUGUACGUUCUCCUGUGUCUGCGUGGGUUACCUCUGGGUGCUCCGGUUUCCUCCCACAUUGCAAAGACGUACGGGCUAUUAAUGGGAACGGCCACCUUUCUCUUUCUGGCAAUGAACAUGACAUGGUGUGGGAAUGCUUCAUUCAGUCACUGAAACAACAGCAAAUUAUCUCUGGAGAAACCCAGCCUGGAGUUCAGCAGUACACAAUUUGCAUCAAACAUUCAAAGCCCUUGGUUAUAAUUUUGGAUGACAACUUCUACUAUCAAAGUAUGAGAUAUGAGGUGUACCAGAUGGUGAGGCGAAAUUCUAUAGGCUUCUUGCAACUGUUUCUGGAGUGCCCAGUUGAACUAUGCCUGAAGAGAAAUCAUGAGCGGGGUUGUGUGGUAAAUGAUGAAACAAUAGUCCUGAUGUCAGCAAAAAUCCAGCCACCAGACCCUGAGAAGAAUUCAUGGGAAAAGAACAGUAUUAUACUGAAAAAUUCAGAAAAUAUAAUGGAAGAUGAGAUGCAAAAGGUAUUUGAACUGUUUGAUACUUCGUUAGAAAAUCCAGAGAAGCCAUUGGAAGAAAACAUUGAACAAAAGGAAAGAGAUCGUGCCAUUUGUGCAGCUAGUGCUCUUCAUCAAGCGGAUCAAGCCUUCCGUCGCUUGGUAUCUCAGACUAUGAAAACUGCAAAAGCUAAGAAACUAUCAAAGUGUAAUUUGAAGUUGCUGUCUGAAGAACUAAACAAACUGAAGACUGUGCUUUUGGAAGACCUUCGACAUCUCACCUCCCAGGGCAAUCCUAUAAAGCUUUAUGGUGAUGUUGAUGUGAUUGUCCAAGAGGCUACACAUGAAUUUAAUCAGAAAAAGGAAGCAAUUCUAAGGAGUUUUCUAAAAUCCACAAGUUAACAUUGCAUGGUACUGUCCAGUUUGUCUACAGCCCAUAACUUGGUAUGUCUCAGUAGUCAAGCUUAUUUAUGAGAGUCUGAUUGGAAAAGUCAGGUUAUUUGCUGGAGAACUGCAGAAUUAGUAUCAUCUUUCUGGAAUGGUGAGGUACACUGGGAAAAAGUAUAUAUAAUUGUUGUGCAAUUAUAACAAAUAAAUCUGUU